AUGCUUCGAACUCCUGAGAAAUGUAACUCGGAAUCGAAUUUAUCACAAAUUGCGAUUGAAACUACUCCAGUCAGAUUUAAUGCACGAAACAUAAAGCGAAAACGCUCCGAAGAUAUUACCACUGAGCUAUCGGACUUCAAGACUGAAAUCAAGGAUAUGCUGUCAACAUUCAUGCUCAAACAGUCUACCGAAGGAGCGCAAAUAACAUCGUCUUUGAAAACUAUAGAAAGCUCACUCUCCUUCCUGGCUGAGCAAUACGAAGAUAUGAAGAAGAAAAUGGAGGAUAUGGAACGAGAAAAUAAAAAGGACAAAGAAUACAUUUGCAUCCUUGAAAACAAAGUAGAGGAACUUCAAAAAUCACAACGUAAAUGCUCUUUAGAACUAAAAAACGUUCCGAAAUUGUCCACUGAAACUAAAUCUGCACUUAUUGAUAUGGCAACCAACCUCUCAAAGUCGCUGAAGAUCGAAUUAAGUUCGAAUGACAUAAAAGAUAUCUACAGGACAUCCGCUAAAGGAGAUAAAGCCCCUAUCAUAAUGGAACUAUCCUCGUACAUACUAAAAACUAACUUGAUUAAAGGUGCAAAGAGCUACAACUCGCAGAAUAAAAAUAACAGACUAAGUACACUUAAUUUGGGGAUGAAGUGUGACUCUACGCCCGUCUUCCUCUCAGAUCAUUUAACACAAAAAGGAAAUAGACUUUUCUAUUUAGCGAGAGAAUUAUCCAAAGCUCAAAACCUGAAGUUCUGCUGGACUAACCUUGGCAACGUCUUUAUAAGAAAAGACGAGAACUCCCCGAUUGUCAAGAUUAUCAAUGAGUCGCAGAUACAACGCAUGUACGAAAGCGAUAAAUGA